ACAGUUAUUUUAGCAAAAUGUUUAAUCCCGAAAAGCAUGGCCUUCGGCCAGACUUCCAACUAACCAAGUUCUCAACUUUGCGCGGGUGAGGUUGUAAAAUUCCCCAGGAUACCCUAAACAAGUAUCUAUUGGGAACAGAAAUUUUAAAAGUCAACCCCACAGUAGAGAGAGCAGAGCAUGGCGAAGAUUACAUUGGAUCUGGCAUGGAUUGUGCCGUAAUUCCCCUGAAAAGACACCCAAACAUACGAUUAAUCCAAACAGUUGAUUUCUUCUAUCCCCUGGUCAAUGAUCCCUACACAAUGGGCAAAAUUGCUUUGGCAAAUGUUGUGAGCGAUGUUUAUGCAGUUGGUGUUACUGAAUUCGACAAGAUCGAUAUGGUGUUGAGCGCUCCGACCGAGUUAAGCGAAGAGGAGCGUAACAUCAUCAUGCCCUUGAUAAUGAAGGGCUUCCGUGAUGCGGCUCGCAAUGCCAAAUGUAGUCCAACAAUAAAGCAUUCCGUUAUUAAUCCUUGGUGCAUGCUUGGCGGCAUUGCCUCCGCAGUGGUGAGCAAAGAUGAAGUUAUAAUGCCAAGUAAUGCUAAAUCCGGUGACCAUUUGGUAUUGACCAAACCUUUGGGAACGCAGUUGGCAACAAAUGCUUACCUUUGGCUCUGUGACAAAACGGAAAAGUACACCGAACUUGUAAAACAUUUCACGGAUGAGGACAUAAUUUUUGCCUUCAAAAUGGCUGUGAAAUCGAUGACAUAUCUUAACCGAAAUGCUGCCUUACUUAUGCACAAAUACGAAGCUCAUGCUGCCACAGAUGUCACUGGCUUUGGCUUACUUGGUCAUGCCCAGAACUUGGCUGAAUUCCAAAUGGACAAAUUGAAAUUUGUUAUUGAAAAAUUACCAAUUAUUAAAAAUAUUUUGGGAUUUGCGGAGAAACUUAACUACACCUAUGCCAAAUUAACAUCCGGCAAAUCUGUAGAAACAUCCGGAGGCCUUUUAAUAGCCAUGCCAUCAUCGGCAUCUGAGGAAUUUUGUAAGGAAUUUAAUGAGAUCACCAAUGGAGAACAACUGGCUUGGGUAGUAGGUUAUGUUUCGGAGUCUUCGAAAAGGGAAGCUGUGCUAUGCGAAAAUCCAGAAUUACUAGAAAUUGAAUAUCCUGUUGACUGUUAAAAUUGCUGUUAUAUC